CAAAUCUCAUUUUCCACGUGGCAGCGAUCUGCAGGGACAAUCGAGAAACGGACGAUCGGCCAUGCCUUCCUUUGCCUCUUGGCUCCUCACCUCCGGAUUGGCCGCCGUGGCCAGCGCCAUCACUGCCAAUGACAGCCUCGUGGCCCAGCAGAUUGAUACCCAACCCUUCCCCUAUGACUUCCCCCAGUUGGGCGUCAAUGGUUCCGAUCUCUUUCCCAUGCGGGACUGCCAUGGCUUCACCCUGGAGGAGGCCAGCAUCGAUGAGAUCCAGGCGCAGCUGAAGGCCGGUCGCUUCACCGGCUCCCAGCUGCUGCAGUGCUACCUCGAGCGCAUCUACCAGGUCCAGCCCUACACCAAUGCGGUGCUGCAGUUCAACCCCGACGCCAUGGCCAUUGCCGAGGCGCUGGAUGCCGAACGCAAGCAAGGUACCGUGCGCGGUCCCCUGCACGGCAUCCCCUUCCUGGUCAAGGACAACAUCGCCAGUAAGGACAAGAUGGAGACCACCGCGGGCAGCUGGGCCCUCGUCGGCUCCGUCGUCCCUCGCGAUUCUUACGUCGUGCAUCGUCUGCGCCAGGCGGGUGCGGUCCUGCUGGGCAAGGCCACGCUCAGCGAGUGGGCGGACAUGCGCUCCAACGACUACUCCGAGGGCUACUCGGGUCGCGGGGGCCAGUGCCGCAACCCCUACAACUUCACCGUCAACCCCGGUGGCAGUAGCUCCGGUUCCGGUGUGGCCGUCACGAGCAACCAGGUGCCUUUUGCUCUGGGUACCGAGACGGAUGGUAGUGUGAUCAACCCGGCUGAGCGUUCGAACGUGGUCGGUAUCAAGCCCACCGUGGGUCUGACCUCCCGGGCGGGUGUCAUCCCCGAGUCCCUGCACCAGGACACGGUCGGCACCUUUGGCAAGACGGUGCGUGAUGCCGCCUAUGCGCUGGAUGCCAUCUACGGCAUUGACCCCCGCGACAACGAGACCUAUGCCCAGCAGGGCAAGACCCCGGCGGGCGGGUACGCCCAGUUCCUGACCAACCAGACGGCGCUGAAGGGUGCGGUGUUCGGUCUCCCGUGGUUGUCCUUCUGGCAGUACAACGACGCCGCACAGAACGCCCAGCUGAUGGAGCUGCUGGCGCUGAUCGAGGCGGCGGGAGCCACCAUCAUCAACGGCACGGAGCUGCCGCACUACAAGGAGAUUGUGGACCCGUCGGGCUGGAACUGGGACUACGGCACCACGCGCGGCUACCCCAACCAGUCCGAGUACUCGUACGUCAAGGUGGAUUUCUACAACAACAUCCGGGACUACCUGGCGGAGCUCAACAACACCAACAUGCGCUCGCUGGAGGAUCUGGUGCAGUACAACCUCGACAAUGCGGGCAGUGAGGGCGGUGUUCCGGGCGUCAACCCGGCGUUUGCCUCGGGCCAAGACGGAUUCCUGGCCUCGCUGGCCACCAAGGGCGAGAUGAACGAGACCUACUGGCAGGCGCUGGAGUAUUGCCACCGCACGUCUCGGGAGGAGGGGAUCGAUGCGGCCCUGCACUACCAGGGUCGGAACCUCACGGCGCUGCUGGUGCCUCCGGACUUUGCCCCCUCGAUCGAGAUUGCCGCGCAGGCGGGUUACCCGGUGGUGACGCUGCCCGCGGGCAUCAACCAGGACUCGCAUAUGCCCUAUGGACUGGCGCUGAUGGGCACGGCGUUCUCGGAGGCCACGCUGAUCAAGUAUGCCAGCGCCAUCGAGGACCUGCAGCUGUCGUCCAACACGCCGUGGAAGCGCAGCCUGGCCACGUGGAGCGGCUACCUGGAGCGAAACAUUCCGGUGAACUAAAAACGAUGUACUUUUACUUAAGUGAUAGAAGGGGUAAGCAGGGAAAAUUCGCUGCAUCGCCCGCGUAAUUAAUGGUUAAUUAGAAAAUCGAAUCGAAUCGAC